UGUAGAUUGCUAGAGUGAAGCCGAUUGCAUCAAGCCAUGCCGAAUCAUCUCAACCUAGAGGAGUGCUACGGAUUCCUCCACGUUGAAAACCAGUCUCGUCCAGGAGCGUCGAAACGCAUCGAAAAAUACCUUAAAAUUUCUCGAGAAGGCCUGGACGAGUUUUUGAUUCGAUUCCCAGAGAUCAUUCGAAACGAAGAUCAAUUGUUUUACAUCGUGCGAUUCAUGAGGGCGCAUGGAAAGUUUGACGCGCAAGAUCACGAAAGAAUUUUCAACAAUAACCUGUUUACCACCAUGGAGAGGAAAGUAACGGAGCUACUCACUGUUGUGGAGCAAAAGGACCCGCACACGUUUUGGUAUUUGACACACGCUCUGCAGUCAAAACAUUCCCCUUUGUAUGACCAUCUACAUGGACCUUUAAACUGUUGUGUGUGUAAAGAAAUAAAACAGAGAGAGAAAGAGGAGGAGUUACAUUUCUCAGAUUUAGAGAAUGAAGGCAAAAUAGUAGUCCCCUUACUUAAAGCUUUGUGUGAAGCAAUUGAGGACAAAGUCUCCACAGGAAGAUCGUUCAUCGAAAAUAUGAGAACUGCGAGGCGAAGAAAGAAAGGUGGAGAUCUCGCAAUGGACCGAGCUACCGCUUAUCCUGUGGAGGAUGUUGUGGAGCCUGAGGACGAAGACUACAUUGAUGCAGAGGAAGAUUUGCCUCCACAACGCUCGCGACUCGUCGAAACUAUUGAACCAAAGAAAAAUGAAAAAGUCCAAGAUAACUUGAAUUCUACGAAAGACUGGAGCCCUGAAUUAGCAGAACAGCUGCUCCGCACUUGUACCAGGAGGAAACGAGCCUACAAAGCCGCUUUCAUUGGCUUGUCAGCGGUCACUCUUUUUAUUUUCCAUCCACUUCCGGCAUUUGAUUUUCUGUUCCUGUUUAUUUACUGCAACUUUUUGAUCAUGCUUAUAACCUUCUGACCAAAGGAAACCUUUACUAAUAGAAAAAUUUGCCGUGAAACUAAUGGAAACGUCUUGUAUGACAAAAGUGUACAGAAACUGGAACAAAAUACAAGCGAUACUGAUACAUGAAUUUCAGAUAGGCGCCAUUCUAAAACGUACGACGAAGAACGAUGGCCGAGAUUUUAUCAAACAAUAGCUCUCAAAUGUUGAUAGGAGUCUCAAGGAGAACUUAAGGAUAACACUAACCUACAGUGUCGGCGUCUUAUUAGGGCGAGUUAACUUUAAAAAGCGCGCGAUCGUUUAUUUAACCGGCCAUGUUUAAUCUGGAGUGAAAGUCCACAAUAGGUGGAGGGGGUGGGAAGGGGCGAAACGUUGCUCACCCCCUUGGUACACAUUUCUUUCUCUCCCAGCCUAUUGCUGCUACUAAGAUCAAAGAUGGCGGCCAGUUUUCGUUAAGAAAAUACUGAGCACUCGCUUGCCCAAAUUACAAGAUAACACUGGCGAACGAGUGUCAAACGUGUGCGCAUGUAAGAAGCGAUCUAAUGACUAGCUAUAGCGGGCUUUCAGGCUUCAGAACCAAGUUGUCUCACACAAGGUACAAAAAACACACGGGCCGGUAAGUCAUUGUUUUUUAAAAGCGCGGAUUAUUUUUGGUAAAGCUCAAACCAGAAUUGUAAAUAAACAGGAUCAGGAGCUCAUUACCAUUGACAGGAUACCUGCACUUUUAGAAGCUUAGCGUUCGAAAAGUCUCGAGUUUUGCUUUCCCUGCGUUUACUUUUUCUCUCAGAUUUACAUGAUUGCUUCAAUUUGAGGGAAUAAAGGAAAACGCAAUGUAAAUAUUCAGUACUAUUACCCUGGGCUAACUUAAUCACUAGCUGGAGGUCCAUUAUUAAAACGCUUUUCCUAGCAUUUAAUUUCUUCCUCAGAUUUACAGGAUUGCUUCAAUUUGGGGGAAUGAAGGUAAAACGCGAUGUAAAUAUUCAAUUCUCUGACGCUGGGUGAAUUUAAUCACCAGCUGAAGGUCCAUUAUUAAAAGAAAAGCAUAGAGAAAACUGUCAUGAUUAAUGAUAACUUACUUGUAUCCAUUGGCGUGUCCCUAGAAAGCACUGUAUCAUGACCAAGAUUUUUUAAUCUCUCCCGAACAUAAUCUGGUAGGCUGAGUUUUAACUUAAAUGCCUUGAAUCUUCCUUUGACCACCUUUUCUGGGUUUGAAAUAAAUGAACUUUGUUCUGAAACUGAAAUAUUGAAUCACUUGUUUUUUUCUUUUUUAUCUCGAUUAAAUAAUUAGAAAUAAUGCGAGACUGAAAGUUUAACUUAUCAUAACAAGCGUGAUUUCAUUUUAAAUGGGAUUUGAAUGACGGUCCUUAAUAUUACCAUGAAACGGCAUCAAUGCCUUUCAUGAUUCG